UGCGUCCUGAAGAGGAGCAGGAACAGGAGGAGGAGGAGGAGAGGAAGGAUGAGAGGAAUGCGUCGCGGUGAGGAUGCGCGAAACGCCCCUAGCAACAACCAUCCUUAAAAAAAAAAAAAAAAAAACAGGGGAAAAAAAAGCACACACACACAGACGGAGGAAUAGAAAUGGCUAACGUGGUGGGAAUGGUGAUGUAGGUUUGAACCAUGCCGCCCGAGCGCGUGAGCCGUUUUGUCGUCUUCCUCGUGCUUUUGUGCUGCGCCGAGAGGACGCACGGGAAAUCGGUGGCGGAUCCCGAGGUGCAGGUGAGGGUCAAGGUCUUUGACAGCGGCAACCUUUCGCCCCUGUCCGAUGCCGCCGUCGUCGUCCAUGGCAACCGGAGUGUGUUGGCGUCCAGCCAGGGGGCCAGUGAUGAUACAGCGGUAGUGAAUUUCCAGUACCGCAUGGGCACAUGGGUAAUCAUCACGGCAUCUCGAAAGGAUUAUGUCACCAGCUCAGUGCCGUGGCACGCCAGCAAAGUGCCCUUAUUCUCCUCAGUCAGCCUGUACCUUUUGGCUCAAAGGCCAGGAACCCUCAUCCUGUAUGAUGAUGUCAUCCAUGUGUUUCACGGCUCUCCAGGAGGGCGGAGCCAGCCAUGGCUGCACAUUCCAAGGCGGAGCUUGCAGCUGAACUCCUCCUUCUCUGAAAUGACUGCUGUUUUGACCACUGCCAGAGAUAUGAGUGAAAUCAAUGACUUCCCCUACCUCCUGGCCCUGGAGCACAACACCACAGGAGGAGAGAACAGCUGGACGGAUUUGACAGUAGUAGCUGCAGUCAGUGCCCAGCUGUUUGACCGGGAAGGGAGUGAGGUUCAAGUCACAGAGCCAGUUCAUUUCUCUGUUCCUCUGCCCUCCGACUCCCGUGUUCGGUCGCCCACCAGCAUACCUGUGUGGGUGUAUAACAUGAACACAGGCCUUUGGGUGAGAAAUGGGACUGGCUACAUUAGAAGAGACGGCUCUCAUUUUACAUGGGACUUUAUGGCCUCACGGUUGGGAUACUGGAUAGCGGCCUUCCCCACUUCAUCAGGACCUGGUUUGUCUCAUCCAAGUCUGAGGGACAUCACCGCAUAUCAUACCCUUAUCUUGCUCUCCAUCCUGGGAUCUCUGGCUCUGCUUGUACUGGUACUACUCUGUGUUCUCCUCUACUACUGCAGACGGAGGUGCCUGAAGCCUCGGAGACAACAAAAGCAGGGGCAAGUCUCAACUGUUCUGUGCAACUCCAGAAGAGACCAGGGCACCUCCACCUCUCGCCUCAACCUUAUCUGCGGUGGUCAUGUUGAAACCACCACCUCCAAUGGCGAUACGGAGGCCAGCAAAUCUGAUGCCUCAACGUCCCACGAAUACAAGAGUGCACGUGAUGAGUUUGCCAAGCACGUACCGGCACACAAACUCCGUCAUUCAUCCAAGAAUAAACAGUCCAAAGGGGCCCAGAGAGGUGCUGAAAGCUUCCCUAUGAAGGUGCAUCGUUCCACAGACACAAGCAGCCUUGACAGUACCCUUCCCCAUGAGGACUACAGUCGCAACUACAGCCCAGAUGUCAAGGAUCACGAAUACCGUCGCAGACAUGUCGUUAAUGAUAAUCGUGGAUACACGGCUGACCCACCUUCUCCACCCCUCUCAGACAAGCCUCCAGAAUACUCACAGGUUUCCCAAGGUCAGGACCAUCUUGCUCGUCCAACAACACUGAACACGCAACCUGGUCAGAUUAUAUUCUGCAGCUCUUUAGAUCAAAUGACAGAGAACAUGUAUCGCAGCAUGGUUCCAACCCUGGUAAUUCCAGCACAUUACAUGCGCCUGUCAUCUGAGUUUGGUGGCUCUGAAGCUGGAAAGGAUGGCCAGAGUCAGGCUGAGAGGGAAAGGGAAGGCCAAGGAGGGGGAGGUAAUGGUGGUAGCAGUGGAGUUCAGAGCCAAGGUCACCAGGUUCAGAGCCAGGGAUCAGGCCAGUUGCAAGCCCAGCAAGGAGUAGGGUCCCCAGCCGGUUCAGAGGAGAAUGUAUGGGCGUCUGGAGGUCCGUCAGCACCAGUCCACAUCCCUGUGCUCUUUAACGAUUCCACCAUGGCUCAGAUGAACGGAGAGCUCCAAGCACUUACAGAAAAGAAACUUCGAGAACUAGGAGUCAAGCAGCACCCUCGUGCCUGGUUCAUAUCACUUGAUGGACGUGCCAAUGCUCAUGUGCGCCACUCCUACAUCGAUGUUGCCUCAGAAUUUGCUCACAGUGGUGCUAACAGCAGUAACCACAGUGCUCAAAGCACCCUGAGUGCCCCUGCUGGUACCAGUAAGGAUUGCAGCCCAGACACAAGUCUCCAAGAUACCCAACAGGAGCGGAAGCAGGCAUCCGGACGGAAAAGUAAAGAGGAACGCCAUGGAAAUGGGCGGAAGGGGCAUGGAGGAAGCAGCAGUGGGGGGAAGCAGUACUCCAAACUGCCUUAUCAUGACCCUCUAGAUCUUGCUGGUGGAGUUGGCCGUAUGGGGGCGGGAUCACCUCUGGAAAAUCCACUGACUCCCCUCCUGGAUGAUGGUCCAGAGGAACCACGAGGGUCACCAAUGCCACGAAGAGGUCGAAGCCGGGGAAACAGCUCACGUAGCAGCAACAGUGAGACCCAACGGGAUUCUGUCACCAGCCCAGAGGACGAUAAUGACCCAGAUGACAAGGAUGAGAACAAGAAGAGUCCAUGGCAACGCAUUGAGGAAAGGCCACUCAUGGUGUUCCAUCCCAAGAAGUAAAACAGUAACAGAAAGAGACCAAGUCACACCUUUUACAUAUGAAGGACGUGUCCACCUGUGUCCUGGAACAUGUUUGACACUUGAGCACUAUAAGCACCAUCUUUAAAAAGGAGGUCAUUUGUGGAAAAAGGUGAUGCCUUUGUUUAAUUAUGUGAAUAUAAGCAAGGAUAUACAGAAUUUGUACAAAUUGGUGAUUGUAAGCAAAUUUUGCAUAUAUUGGGACAAUUUAAUCUAGUUCAUCCAAGCUGAAUGAAGCAAUGUCAGAAUCAUUUUGUAAUAAAUUAAAUACCAUCCUCAUAUCACCAAAAACUAUAUCUAUAGCUCUGAUGUGGACAUGAGACUAGAAAAAAGAUGAGAUUCUGGGAACAGAAGAGCAGAUGAGGUGACAUUUCGACAUAAGACAUAUUCAGCACCUCGAUGAUGCCUGACUGAAGUCCCUGAUCAUAAUAUGAAAUAGCAUUUUUACCAUAGGUCUAAAUAAAAUAUUCCUUAAUGUACGUUAUAUAUGUUUACAAUCAAAUAUGGCACAAAGGAAGUCACAAAACUACAUAAAAGACUGUUUUAAUUGCUUCUCAGUCAGAAUGGCUUGGUGGUUGUUGUGAAUUUUUGGAAUAGUGCCAUAAUCGAGAUGGCAUGUUCAUGAAAUGACUUGUUUUGAAAAAAAAAAAAAAAAGAUUGUGCAGAAGAGUGAAAAAUUACUUUUAUGCUACUGGAUGUUUUCAUAUGUUCAUAUUUGAUGUUGUAACACAGCAUUCCUGUGUACAUCCUGUUUCAUAUUCCCAAUGUACAUUUUUAUGUACACACCAAAUUCCCAGAUCCAACAGGAAGCAUUAUGUGUUACUUUAUUCAUGUAUUAUUAAUGUUUCUUUUUUAUAUACAUCAAUAUCGUCAAGAUGAAUUACAACAUGAACAGUGAUGAUAAAAUGAAGUACUGGUUUAUAAAUCCAAACAUUCCACAUCAGACAUUCCCAGUUAAUGACCAAUGCUUGUGUAUUUCACAGGAUUUGUAUCAAUUUAUAGUUUAUUAUGUAGUUAAUUAUUAUGUAGUUAAAGUAAAUCUUUUUCAUUUGUUUAUUCCUGUUUUUUAUGUAUUUACCUAGUGGUGAUUUUUUUCUUUUCAUAAUGUCUGAAACAAAGAUUUGGACAGGAAAUACUGAUUUUUUUUUUCUGUAUACAUGUAUGUGCCAAUUUGAACUUUUCAAAUCAUACUAAUUGUAACUUUUUAUCAUGGUUUACAAUAUUUACUAAGUUUACCAGACUUUACCAGACAUCACAUUUGGGACUAAUUUCAGCGUCAAAAAAAUUUGUACUCACAAAUCGCUUGAAAGUUUCUCAGCUGACAGAAAAGUACAACUGGGCUUUUUAAAUGUAGUUAAGCUGGCAGUAUACUUUAAAUGAAAAAGAAUGCAGUGGUCAGUAUACACAAAAAGAGUACGUUGUGUAUCCUAGAAUGGAUUGGAGGGGGCUGUGUGCUGCAUCUGUUUCAUGAUAUCGCACUGUUGCCAGGUUCACAAUCAAAGGAACUGCUUCUCUGCUAUGUAACCAAACGAUAUAUUUAGACCAAUCACAAACAAGGGGGCCAGACAAAACAAAUUUGACUGUUAAUCCAAACACAAGCAGUAAAACACACACUACGUAAACAUUUUAGUCAGUCCGACCAACAGUUCUGUACCUGUUUUUCAAAUUUACUUGCAAUUCCCGUCUCAGAAAUGUACAUAUAUUUUUUAUGGGGAAUGUUACGUCGCUCAAAUUUGGUCGUGGAACGAUAGAAGACAGCUAUCAGAGUUUAUUUAAGACAUAUUUAUCAAUGUUAUAUAAAAAUAUUGUCUUACUCAGACAGCUGCUUCCUGAAAAGAGCAAAGGGGUAGUGAAGAUAUUUCAAAGAGUCAGUAAUAAUAUAAAGUGCAUUAAGCGAAAAGUAAGUAAUAAAACACAACGGGACAUACUGUUAUAGGAAAGUAAUCAAGGAAUAAUCAAGGAUAGGGUUGGGCUAUAACCACUCUGAAGUUGUUUUGAAUUAUUUUCCGUUGGCAGCAUGUUCCAAAGUGUUUUAUUCCUCUUAUAACAAGCGUUAUACUUUUUAUCUGUUUAUAGAUAAAAUAUACAUCCUUGAAACAAGUUAGUUCCUAUUCUCACUUAUGUUAUAGCAGCUACAAACAUUCAUUCCCUCAAAAUCCUCUCUUUUUUCUCUCUCUUAAAGUUAACAAGACAAAAGUAACGCAGCUCAUCAAGUUACUGAGUAACCGCAAAAGGCGAGGUCUUGAAGACUUUCCUAUGGCAGAAAAGUUGCACACCGUUACAAAGCACUGACACUGGAGACUCCUUCCAUGAAUGUUAAAUAAACGUCUCCUCACCGAAAACUUCACCAUAUCAACAAUUACAUGUUUUUCUUUCUUAAAUAACAACACGUUUUCGUAAUUAGGAUUAGAUUAUUUGGAGCGUCUACCAUGCAAGUACGUUUGAAUGAGCUGUUACUAUAGAAAUAGUAAUGUAUCAGAAAACUUUCUGACCAAUCAGAAUCGAGAAUUCAACAGCUCUGCAGAUUUUACUUUUAGCCAGACUCCAUUAACACAAGUCCAGAUGUUAGAGGGGUCCUGUGUAUAUAUGGAAGCAUUUGUAUGCAUGGGGUGUAGACUAGAAGACAGUUUUUUUUAUGACUGAGGAUCAAAAUGGUUCCUAUGAAAAAGUAUGAAAAUAUGGGAGUAUGAAAUGUGCUGUGUUGCCUUUGGGGAAUGUGAGUGAGGUGAUUAUUUAGCAUGUUCGGUAGCGUCGAAUAAUGAUGCCAAAAUGGCGCUCAGACGCCUUGUUGAAGGCCAAAACAGCCUUGUGUUCCAAGUUGAAAUAUUUGGUGCUAUUUGCUAUCUGCCAGUGCAUUUUACUUUAACUGUAUGGCAUUUUUUACUCUCUGUCUUUCGUCUGUAAUCACUCUAACUGUAUUUGAAAUGUUGCUUUUUUGCUGAGAAUUCUCAACUUGCUCUCCAUUUGCUCUCAUGUAACAUUCAUAUAACAAUAUAAUUACGCUCACUACGCUCCUUAGUAGUGACAAGUAACGUCCUUGUUUUUAACCGAAUCUCUUUUAGCCUUUCACUUAAUUGCUUAGUUUAUUUCUUAAUAAUCUAAUAAUAAUCAACAUUGUGUGGCUCAUGUGGCUAAUGUAUUUUCUGCCAUUGUGGAGACAUAUUUUGAGAGACAUUAUUUUGGGUUAAUUUUUUCAGAAAAUAAAAAAAAACUUGUGGCCUAUUUUAAAUCAAAGCACAGCAGAAGCACAGGUCUUUCUUAGCACUACUGGUUUGGUUCGGCCAAAAAAAAAAAAACAAUUAUAAAUAAAUAAAUAAAUUGAUUGAUUACCUGAAAAAUCUGUUUGUUUGGUUUUGCACUAAAAAUGAGACAUCUUUCAAGCUAUGAAGCUUCUUAAUCUACAUAAUCUCAUUUUUAUGAUACUGUGAAGACUUAAGUAAGAACUAAAACAUGAUGAGACUGUGCUGUUGUGGAAAAAUAGUCAAUGAUGAGCUGGUGUGAUAUUUCACUUCGAACUGUUACCACAGCAUUGGUAACAUCAUUCCUCUUAUACCACAGCACUUUGCCAACAAUUAAAUUUUUUUAUGUAUUAGUGAAUGGCACAUUGUACUUUUUAUCCAUUUAUAGUUACUUGUAGUGUUUUGGAAUGUACAAUGCAAAAAAAAUCUUAGCAAUUAAAAAUAUCUUGAAUAUAAUUAAAUGUAUCUAAUAUUUCAUAUGAUAAGAUUAUAAAAAAAAACAAAAACAAAAGUUUAUUAAUUUUGAGCUUUAAAUUUUCUUAUUCUGUUGGCAGAUUAGUUGGUUUCUUUCUAGCAAUAAAUGCUUAUAAUUAGCAAAAAUAUCUUAUAAUUAGUCAAAACUAUUUUAAGCUUGAAAUUAGGAUGUUUAGAAAUAGAUUUAAUAAUAAUAAUAAUAAUAAUAGAUAAAUUUUAUUAUAUUUAAGUGCUUGGAUGUCUUUAUUUUGCAAUGUAGCUCUAGUAAAAAACUAAAGAAACAAACGUUAGACACCAAACACGACUUCUGCUUCUUCUUUUUUUUUUUUUUUUGCCGAACCAAAAUUACACCAGACGACCCAGACGAUUAUACAGUAGAUCCCAGAAGUGUCAGUUCACCCUGAUUGAAGCACUUCUAAUUGCUGUCAAUGACAACAUUGACCUGUCGCUAUUGGUGCUUUAAUGGAAAUACCGGUAGCAUCAGUGCGCACAAGAUGUCUGUGUAGUGUCUGUUUGUUUUUCUACAUCUUCGGUAAAGAAAAAAAUAGUAGCCCAUUCUUAGUCGAAAGAUAUUUUAUACAAAGCAGACUAAAUGACACGCUGCUCACUCAAACAAUUCUCUGUACAUUGAAUUUGGUCUAUUGCAGGUUCUCAAAAAACAAUUUCUGCACACCAUGUAAAUGCAGAUUUAUUUAACAUAAAAUAAUCUUUAUUAAAAUUAUCUCAUUAUUUAAACAUGUAGAAUAAUAUUUUGGCUAUUUAAUGAAGCCAUAGAACUUUUUUAAAUAUAUAAUUUCUGAAACUGUAGCUGACAGAAGACCUUUCUGUUUUAGUUUAUUGAAUAAACUCUUGCCUGUUUUUGAGUUAGCGAGGUUUGGCAUAAACCAACUCAAUUCAAGUGACCAGUUAAACCAGCUAUAACUAUAAUUACUUAGUAGUAAAUAUAUAACUAACUCUAAACUUAAAAAAAUCAUGGAUGUGUGAGCUUUGCGCUACAGGACCCUGGGAUUAUACCGGACCCCACUUUAAGGCGUGUAUUCAGUGAUACAGCUUUCUUUUUCUUAUUGCUAGAAAUGUUAAAAAAAAAAAUCCAGAAGACUAAGGUUUUUUUUUUUUGGUUUUUCGCUGAAACAGCGCAUUUCCCAUAUGAAGUUGAGAAACAUUAACAAACUAAAGAACACUUUGUGUUUUUAUUUUCCUAAUUUAUUUUCCUUAUUUUGUCCCUUCAACCCGAUAACAGUGUUUCUCUUUCUGAGAGGCUUCCAAGUAGAACGCUUUUAGGAAGCUAAAAACCAUUAACUAUCAAAGAACCUUCGAGGAACCCUUUUUUCCAACUAAGGUGUUGCAGAAUCAGUGUUUUUUUUUCUCCAGAACCCUAAGGAUAUCUUUGAUUUGUAUCUUCAAGGUUUGAGGACUGUGAGGACUCCUUUUUCUGGAUUUUUCUUUUUUGGUUUCUCUGAAAUCGUUGUUCAUUUGUUUAUUUUCCAGAAGGAUUUCUUUAGCUUGUCCCUUAAAAGUUGAGGAACCCAUUUCAAGAGUGUUUUUUUUUCUCAGAGCCCUUAAGGAAUUCUUGGGUUUACUCCUUCAAGGUUCUGUUUAGAACAAUACAACAAAAUGAUUCCCUUUCUGUGUAGAAUUGUUUUAGCAAGCGAGGAACUCUUAUCAAUCUAACAAACCCUUGAAGAACCCUUGAAGAACCUAUUUACAACCCAACAAUCCUUUUAUUUAAGGCUGCAGAAAAUAAUGUGUUGCAGAAUCUGUUUAUUUUUCCAUGUUUUUUUAAAAUAGAUCCCUAAUUGUUUCUUUGGUUUGUCCCUUAAAGGUUCUAUAUAGAUAUAAAUAUAAAGAUAUAAACCGUCUAACAGUGUUUCCUUUGAGGAACCCCUUUUUUCUAAGAUUAUAUAAACUAAGAUAUUGCAGAAUCAGUUUUUUUUUUUUAUUUCUUUGUUUUGUUGCUUAAAGUUUCUAUUUAGAACCCCAAAACAGGGUUUUAUGUAGAACCUGACAACAGAAUGCUUUUUCCUAAUAGUGUAGAAACCAAAGUGUUGCAGAAUCUGUCUUUAUUUUUCUUUUUUUUUUCACAGAAACCUAUGGAUUUCUACGGUUUGUUCCUUCAAGGUUCUGUUUAGAACCCUACAACUUUUCUGACAGGCUUUAGGAAGAUUUUAAAAGAUGUUUUGCAGAAACCAAGGUGUUGCAGAAUCAUUGUUUUUUUUUCUUUUUUUCGUGUAAACGAUGACUGGCCCCCUUUUUUUCUACAUGAUUUGGUUUUUAGCUACACAACUGUUUCCAUUAUAUUAUUUUCACCUCCUGUUUACAGUGAAAUGAAUGAUGUUUGACACAAAUGUUUUUUGUACCCAAAAAAGAUUUCUUCUUUACUGUGUAAUUAUAGAGUAUUGUAUAGAGAGAAUUGUAUAGAGAGUAUUGUGUACUCUCUAUGAAUAUGGCGUGUGUGAAUUAUCCUCUGUGUAAAGGUGCUCCCUUUGAAAUCGAAGCCAUUCUCCGUCAUUACUGCAAACUGUCCCUAAAUGUCAAUACGCAUUUGUUGGUAUAUAUUAGUAAUGUGAUGUGAUUGCAAGUGCUCUGAGAAGAUGUGUAAAUAUUUCUCACUUCAAGCGAGGAGCAGUUUGAUGGAGGAACACUCCCGUCCUGACACUUCGUGAAUCGGCUCAGACUUUUCAUUUGAGAUGGUUGAUGUUUUCAGUCAUAGCUUUCUGUGUUGAGCAUUUCAAUUCUACACUCUUACUGAAUUGUUUGCACACAAAAAAACAUUAAUUUGAUUGUACAUUCUUCGAAGAAAAAAAUAAUAAACUUGUUUACAUAUUGGUUUCA